AUGUUAUCAAGAAUAUUUAUUUUUUCUCUUGUAAUAAUUCUUACAACAGCGGCUCCACGAUCGAAUCCAGGAACUAAUAACAAUGGAUUUGCAAACCAAAAUGGAUCACUGGCCAAUAACAAACCUCAGGAAAAUCAUGGAAAUAAAGUAAAUCAUGCUUUCCAACAAUCGACAUUGGCUAGCCAAAAUAAUGCAGUGAACAGUAGUGUACAAUCACCCGUACCAGUAGUUCAAGCUGCUAGCUCUAAUGGCACACAAAAACCCAGUCCAUUGUCACGUCAACAAAAUGCAGUCAAUAAUAAUUUACAAGCACCAGUUCGUCAAGCUGAUGUACCCAGUAAUGUUUCUCAAGUAAUUUCAUCUUCAAACCAAGGACAGGGAAAUAGCAAUGGUCGACAAUCAGCUCCAUUACCACCUCAAAGAAAUGGAAAUAACAGUAAUGUAACACAAUCUCACCCACAACAACCACAGAAUGCAGUCAAUAAUGUCACACAAGUUCACCCACAACGACCACAGAAUGCAGGUGGCAAUGCCACACAAGUUCACCCACAACGACCACAGAAUGCAGGUGGUAAUGCCACACAAGUUCAAUCACAACGACAACAAGAUGCAACCAAUAAUGUUGUACAAAUUCAACCACAAAAUGCAGCCAAUAAUGCCACACAAAUUCAAUCACAAAAUGCAGUCAAUACUGUUGUAAAAUCUCAUUCAGGACGAUCACAUAAUACAGCCAAUAACGCUACACAAUCUCAUUCACGUGUACCACAUAAUGGAAGCAAAAAUAAUACAAAAUCUCAAUCACAACCAUCACAGAAUAUAGUCAAUAAUGGUACACAAGUUCAAUCACAACGACAACAAGAUGCAACCAAUAAUGUUGUACAAAUUCAACCACAACAGACACAAAAUUCAGUCAAUAAUGUUGCACAAUCUGUAUCAUCUGGAAGUCGAAGUAAAUCAUUGAACAACAACGCUCCUCGACAACAACCACAACAAAAUUCGACAGUCAACAAAUCGCCAACAAAAGGAAAACAUUCUCCUUCUGGUAGUAGCAAAUUAACCACAGUACCAAUUGCAUAA